UCAAUUUUAACCCCACAGUUUUUAAACGAUUAUAAUUAUUUUAGUUAGUCUUAGGCAUACGCGCGCAAGAGUGAGUAAACACAGAUCACUGUUAUAAUAUUAUCAUUUUGUUAUACUUUAAAUUUUCUCACUUUACUUUUAUUUUAUUACGUACUCAUCGUAUUUUUAAUAUAAAAUGGAUCCAUCAAAAAAUAAAAAACGAUAUCAAUCAAAGAAGUUAUCGUUAAAAAAAAACCUGAGUUCUCGAAUGAGGGACCUUUUUGGAAUUCGUAACCAAAACAAGAACGAUUCUGAGGUAAUAGAACCUGUUGUGGAACCCUUUUUCUUAGGUGCUGAUAAUCAACCACCAUGUUCAUCAAGGGAAACAAACAGUGAAAUAACUAAACCGGAAGACAUUGAAAUUAAUGAUUUGGUUACUGAAGAAACCUUUCACAAACAUGAUUUGGUGUGUGAACAAUCUAUAUCUAGUAAUCAAUAUGUUGGAUAUGAAAACUCCGGUAGACGAAUAGUAGAUAUGAAUUACGUUUUUUAUCAAAUUAAAAAUAGUGAUCACAAAGGACCAUUUGGUUGUUCAUUUUUAAACAUGACGUUUAUUUCCGAAAAAAAACAUGGAUUAAGAUCAACUUUUAAAUUUAAAUGUGAUAUUUGUCAUAUUAUUAUGUUUAUUGACUCGGAAAAAUCGAAACCGGAAAGUUAUUUACCAAUUAACGAAGCCGCCGUUGCUGGGUCGAUAUCAGCUGGAAUUGGAUAUACGCAAUUAUCAGAAUUGUGCGCGACAAUGGAUAUUCCAUGUAUGGCGUCAUGUACUUUUGUAUUAGUUCAAAGAUUUAUCAACAAAAGAAUUCAUGAUGUCGCAGAAGCACAAAUGAAAAUCGCCGGUGAUGAAGAACGUCGUUUAGCAAUAGAAGCGGGAUCAGUAGAUACUGAUGGAAUUCCUAUGUGUACGGUUGUCGCAGAUGGACAAUGGUCUAAACGCAGUUAUAAGACUAAAUAUGAUGCAUUAUCUGGAGUGGCAACAAUAAUUGGUUAUAGAUCGAAAAAAAUUUUAUUUGUGGGCAUUAGAAAUCGGUUUUGUGUGAUUUGCCAGAGGGCGAAAAAUAAAAAAUUAAAUCCACCUGAACAUACGUGUUUUUUAAAUUGGAAAAGGGGUGCUACAAGUAUGGAAGCUGAUGGUGUUGCUGAUGGGUUUAAACAGAGUUUAGAAAUGCAUGGUCUAAAAUACAAUAAACUAAUAGGAGACGGAGACUCAAGCGUUACAAAAAGAUUAGCUGAAAUAAUGCCUUAUGGACCUAGACUACCCGUCAUAAAAAUAGAAUGUCGCAACCAUUUAUUGCGAAAUUAUGGGACAAAAUUAGUAGCUAUGACAUUAAAUACCAAGUAUCCGAUUUCGUUAAGAAAACAUUUAAAAUCAAAUAUAUUACGCUUUAGAUUUUCAAUAACUAAGGCAAUUGAGUAUCGUAAUAGUUUACAAGGCCAAACAGAUUACCAAAAAUCAGUAGGAUUACGACAAGAUAUAAAUAACAGUUUUCGACACAUUUUGGGAGCCCAUGAUCGAUGUGAAUCAUACUUUUGUAAGGGUACGCAAGGAAAUGAAAAAAAUAUGAUCGAAGAUGCCGAAAGAUCAGGGCUUGUGAGCGAUAUAUCCCAAUUAAUAUCUCGUUUAGUAGUAAAUGUUGAUAGUUUACUGAUGAAUGUUGACAAUAACGUAUGUGAACAAUUCAAUAGUGUAAUUAAUAAAUAUUUAGCGGGUAAACGAAUAAAUUAUUCCCAAAGAAAUUCAUAUAAUGCUCGAGUUGAAGCUGCGGUUAUAUCAUGCAACUCAGGUGGAAAGUUUCUCCGGUUAAUGCAUAAAAAUAUGGUCGAUGAAAUAAGUCCAGGGGAAAUAGGGAAAAAAUUUCUUGCAUCGAGUGAAAAGAAAAGAUGUCAGCCAAAAUCUAAAAAACUUCUUUUUCCUGGAAAUUCGGAAAAAAGGUAUAAUAAUGGCCCGGAUCAACAUUAUGGUUUAGCUGAACCAUUACCGGAAGAUAAUAUUUCAAAAGAAGAACUAGAAAAAACGAAAGAAAAUUUCAUUAAUGCCUUACGAUUGGACAAACAUGAACGGUUAGCCAUUGAAGAAAAAACAAGAGAUCAGGCCAAUUCACAAAUUUGGCAUGUUGAACGUCGAAGUCGACUCACGGCGUCAAAUUUUGGUCGCGUUUGUAAACUUCGACCAACUACGUCGUGCAAGAAUACAGUCUAUGAUAUAAUUUAUAGGAAGUUUUCUUCGAAAGCUACAGAUUAUGGUAAAGCCACUGAACCACAAGCUAUCGUCGCAUUGGAAAAACAAUUACAAUGUAAAGUAAAUCAAUGUGGACUUAUUAUUGAUGAACAUUUUCCUUAUUUAGCAGCUUCUCCAGAUGGCCUUGUCGGUGAUGAUUUUAUAGUGGAAAUUAAAUGUCCGUUUGGAAUAAAAGACACUAAGACAUUUUUAGAAGCUAUAAACAGUAAAAAGUUAUCCUUCUGUCGUCUCAGUGAAAACGGAAAAAUGAAAUUAAAAGUGGAUCAUAGUUACUACUAUCAAGUUCAAGGACAAAUGCAAAUUUCAAAACGAAAUUUUUGCUAUUUCGUUGUUUAUUCGGCGAAUUGGAUAGAAACACAAAUAAUUGGUUUCGAUGAUUCUUUCUGGCGCGAAAAAAUGAUUGAAAAGUUAAAAGUUUUUUAUACAGAAUGCUUACUUCCAGAAAUAGUCAAUCCCCAGUAUGGAAAGAGACUGUUGGUAGAUGACAUUUUAGAUCCUCAACAUAUUUUGGAAAAUAUAAAAACAAAACAAACAAAAAAAUUAAAGUAAAAAAACGAAAUAAAUAAAUAAAGCUGUUUCUAGAUGUAUUGACGUGCAAUGAUAUACAGCUUUUAAUUUAUAUAUUUGUAUAUUUUUUAACAUUAUAUAAUAAUAAUAAUUAGUAAUUACUACUAUUAUCAUAUCGUGAUAUAUAUUAUUCUUAUAUUAUAGUUUUUUUAUUUUAUACGACUUGACAAUUUAUUAUGUGCUUCUCAUUCUCGUAUCAA